AAUGCUCAGCGUUUCAAGAGCCGCCACUCGCAUGACCGGAAUGGUCGCCCGCUUCUCCGCCGGAGGACACGGAGACGGAGCCGGACGCGGAGGAGGCUCCGGUGGAUCGAUCCGCGACGCCGGAGGUGCGUUCGGAAAGAUGGAGGCCGCCCGCGAGGACGAGUACUUCUACAAGAAGCAGAAGGCUCAACUUCAGGAACUCCGCGAGCACAUCCAGGAGGAGGUCAAGCAUCACGAGGGACAACUCGAGAAUCACAAGAAGGUGCUCGAACGCCAUCAACAACGCAUUUCGGAGAUCGAAGCCCAGGAGCGUGCCCUCGGAAAGGAAUAAUUUGCAGUACAAGAACGCGAGCUAGUCGUCUUCUGAAAUUUUCUUCAUUUUUUCCCUUCUCUCUCUAUUUUCGCCACGUGUUUUCCUUUUUUUCUCGUUUUCUCCCUUCGUUUUCCUGUAAUAAAUUAUAGUUUUU